UAAUCAUUUUGUCAAUAUUUGUCAGCCGUUUGCCUGUUCUGGGAAAGCGAAUGUAUUAUUGUUUAUUUUAUACGUGGUAAAUGCAAAAGCGUUAUUCCGUGGGUUAUUGCGAUGUGUGAUUGAGUAUCAGCAGAUUGAACAUGGCUACCUUAAUUCAAUCAUACGAACAACAAUAUUCAGUUCUUACAGCUGAUGUUACAGCAAAAAUUGGUCGACUUAAAGUCGGAAAUGACGAGAACCGUGAGCAACUGUCAAGGGAAAUUCAAGCAAACUUUGAAGAGGCAAAUGACUUGCUGGAGCAGCUGGAGUUGGAGUAUAGAGGCGCGGGUGCGGGAUCCCGCGUUGCGGCAUACCGCGCGGAGCUGCAGCGGGUCAGAGAUGAAUACCGCUCUGUGCUCAGUAACUCAGCCACAUACAAUAUAGAAACAGAAGACACAUAUGAUGACUGGAAUGUGAAUGAGCAGCGUCAGAAGCUGUUAGACAACACAGAGCGACUGGAGCGCUCGGGUAAAAACCUUAAUGAGGGCUACCGGGUCAUCUUGGAGACGGAGGAGAUCGGCGCCGCGGUGCUGCAGGACCUCAGCGUGCAGCGGGAGACCAUACAGAGAUCCAGGGGACGGUUGCGUGAAACAGACGAGCAGUUGAACAGAUCAUCUCGUUUAAUGAAUUCAAUGAUAGUCCGAGCGCUUCAAGAUCGGUUCGCACUUGUCAUGGUUCUACUGAUCACUGGUGCUCUGCUCUGUGCCGCACUCUACUUCUACGUCACCUAGCGCCUUGUACACGCUGUACAAGUUGUACAGUGGCCGUACUACUUGUACAUCGCGUGCAAGAGACUCCUAUGUCUCGGCUUUCGAUUGUAUAUAUUGAAACAUUUCCUCACAGCUUUCCUGUACUGCAAAUAUAAAUUGUUUAAUGGAUGCUGUAGAAUGUAAGAAACAAGUGGACAGUUAUUUUGACGUGUGAUGAAAGUGACGUAUUUGUAAAUAAGAUAUUUCGGAAUUUUAUUUAUCUAUGGUAUGCGAUCGCAACGCCAUUUGACAUAU